AUGAUCCUCUCCCCAGCCCUCCUCCUAUCCCCGUACACCCCUCUCAUCCUCCUCAUCCUCUACUACCUCCUCCCCUACCUCCGCAACACCUCCCUCUCCAGCAUUCCCGGCCCCCUCCCCGCCAAAUUCACCCGCCUCUGGCUCUUCUACCAAGCCCGCCACGGCCGCCGCUAUCUCGCCGUCGACGAAGCCCACAAAAAGUACGGCAAAUUCGUGCGCAUCCAACCAACCCACGUCUCCGUUGCCGACGAGUCCGCCAUCAACAUCAUCUACGGCCAUGGCAACGGCUUUCUCAAGGCGGAGUACUAUGACGCGUUUGUGAGCAUAAAGCGCGGAUUGUUCAACACAAGGGAUCGCGCCGAGCAUACUAGGAAGCGGAAGGUUGUGAGCCAUACGUUUAGCGCCAAAUCGAUCGGGCAGUUUGAGAAGUAUAUCCAUGCGAAUUUGGAGUUGUUCGUUGAGAAGUGGACUGGGCUGAGUGAGCAAGCUGAGGGGGGUGAGAAGAAGGGGUGGGCGAGUUUGGAUGCGUUGAAUUGGUUUAAUUACUUGGCUUUCGACAUCAUCGGAGAUUUGGCUUUCGGCGCUCCAUUCGGGAUGCUCGAAAAGGGCCGAGAUUACGCAGAGGUUCGAAUGACACCCACGUCUCCUAUCAAAACCGCCCCGGCAAUCCAAGUCCUCAACCGCCGCGGCGAAGUCUCCGGCACACUAGGCUGCCUCCCGCAACUCAAACCCUACGCAAAAUACCUCCCUGACCCAUUCUUCAGCCAAGGCAUUGAAGCAGUCCAAAACCUCGCCGGCAUCGCCAUCGCUCGCGUCGGGCAACGCCUCGAACAACCCGACAUCGGCCGCACCGACCUUCUCGCACGGCUAAUGGAAGGCAAGGACGCGGAAGGAAACAAGCUGGGGCGGGAGGAGUUGACGGCGGAAGCCCUAACGCAGUUGAUCGCGGGCAGCGAUACGACGUCCAACACGAGUUGUGCGUUGCUUUAUUGGUGUGUGCGCACACCAGGCGUUAUCGAAAAGCUGCAGAAGGAGUUGGAUGAGGCGAUGCCGGAGCAGGGCGUUCCCAGCUACGAUCAGGUGAAGGAUCUGCCUUAUGUCCAGAACGUGAUUCAGGAGACGAUGCGCAUCCACAGUACCUCCUCCCUCGGCCUGCCUCGUCUGGUCCCGGGACUCAGCCCUGAAAACCCAGACCCCAAGGGCGUGGAUAUCCUAGGAAAACACUUUCCCCCCGGAACCACACUAAGCGUACCAGCAUACACGAUUCACCACAGCAAGGACAUCUGGGGCCAGGAUGCGGAUGAGUUCAGGCCCGAGCGGUGGGAGGAAGGGAAAUUGACGCAACGCCAGAGGGAUGCGUUUGUGCCGUUUAGCUAUGGGCCGCGGGCGUGUGUGGGGAGGAAUGUGGCGGAGAUGGAGCUGAAGUGUAUUGUGGGGACUGUAUUUAGAAACUUUGAGAUUAGGGAUGAGCAUCGUGGGGAGAUGGAGACUCGGGAGGGGUUUUUGAGGAAGCCAUUGGGGUUUGAUGUUGGGAUUCGGAGGCGGAAGGAGUGA